AUGCUUCGCUCCAAGUUUCCGGAUAACAAACAAGCAUUGAUAGUAUCUGAACGCGCUCAGCGUCGAUGCUCAGAACAAGACAACGGCGACUACGAUUUCAAGUUGUUGCAAGCGGAGGCAAAGAAGCUUCGGCCGCCACAACUAGACCACGCUACGUACAUCGGGCCUGUUGAAAUACGAAAGACGAAGACGAAAGGCCGUGGCUUGUUCUUGACCAAGGCAGUAAAGGCAGGAGAUCUGCUCCUAUGUGAAAAAGCGUUCGCUCACGCUUAUGCACCUGAAAGUGAUGAUGGAAACUCGAAGAUCACUUUACUAAUGAAUCCCGAAACGAAUCAGGGGUUCAUGGGUGGUCAGGCGGACCUUAUCACGAUGAUCGCGCAGAAGCUCUUUCACAACCCAUCUGUUGCUCCAACAUUCACCACGCUCUAUCAUGGGAAUUACGAAGGCGCGAGCACGCCAAUGGUCGAUGGAAAACCAAUAGUGGACACUAAUGCCCGCCGCGCAUUCAUCGGCGAUAUGAUGAUCGUGCGCGCAACCCAAGAUCUGGAAGCUGACACAGAAGUCACAUUCUGGUACAAGAUUCCAGUGGGUGACCACUCAGAGGACCCUCAGGAAGCGCACAAGAAUUGGGAAUUCGUCUGCGACUGUGCCAUGUGCCAGGAUGUCAAGAGGACCAAAACUGCUGUUAUCCUAGAGAGAAGGAAAUUAUUGAAACAACUGGAGCACGCAUUUGGUUCAUCAUACGGCAUAAAAGCAGAUCAGGUCGAGCGCCUGCUGAGAGCUUUAGAUCACACAUACACACGCCCUGCGAUUGAGGUGCCUCGGCUCUUGCUCUGGGAUCCUCAGUUGUUGCUAGCACGCGUCUACAUCGCACAAAACAACAUGAAGAAGGCGCUGGGAUGUGUUGGCAAGGUUCUUUCCGCGCUCGGUUUCAUCAUAGACGGUGUGGAUACUUCUUCUACGUACUUCAGAGUUGUCAGGUGGGGCUGUGUGAUAGAUCAUCUGGUAGAAAUAUUUCUGCACGCACAGAAUGCAUUCAGAGCCAUAGGAGCUGGGGAGGAUUCAAAGAGGGCGAGGACAUACGCAAAGUCUGCGUAUAGCAUCGUGGUCGGAGAGGACAUAUCAUUUGAGUCGACCUACGGCAGUUAA